AUGCCGCCUCCGACCGCCGAGCUGGCCCAGACGCGGCCUCGGCAGUGUCGGAUAGCAACGACGACAGCUCAGUUGCCGUCAGUGGCACCCCCUGCUCCGCCUCCUGCGCCGCCGCCGCCGCCGACGCCGCCGAUGAGUGGCCUCCGUCUUACAGACGUUGAGGCUGUAGUUCGGCGUGUAUGCGCCGAAUCGGAGAGGCGGAUGCUGGCGCGCCUCGGUCUACCGACGGAGGGCGGCAGGCGGCCCGCCGGCGGUGCGUUAGACUUGCGCCCCGGCACCGCCGUUCGGACGCCUGUCCCCGUUCCCGUCUCAGUGCCCACUGAGACAGUGGGUGAGGGUCGGAGGAAACGGCGCAGUAGGGACGGCCAAAAGCAGCGCCGCCGAUGGGCCGCCCGCGCGGUGAAGGAGGGUGAGCGGAAGGAGCUCCCUCAGCCCCUUCCGCAGCCCCAGCGGCGGAGGCGGCGGGCCCCAGUGCAGGCCGUGAAAAGCACUAACAACCCGCCCGCCGCUGCCGCUGCCGCUGCCCCAACGAAGGCAGGGCCCACCCCCCAGCCACCGGCGUUAACUAAAGCGCCCAGGGAAUCCUGGGCCGCAGUCGUCGGGAGGUCGGAGCGGCGCGGCCAUAACAAGGCCGCUGCCGUCGUCGCCGCCCAGCCUCGUCAGCAUCCGGCCGCUAAAGGACCGGGAAAACGGCCAAGAGGCGGCGCCGCUAAGAUGGACCCUCCGGCAAAGCCGAGCCCGCCUCGCGCUCCCAAGAGAGCGGCCGUCACAUUGACGGUCACCGAGGGCAGCGACACGACAUAUACAGAUGUCUGGAGGCGGGCGACGGCAGGCGUCCGGCUGGGGGACGCUGGUAUAACCGCCAUCCGGUUUAGGAGGGGCCAAACGGGCGCCUUAAUAAUUGAGGUCCCGGGGCCAGAAAGCGCUGCCAGGGCCGAUAAGCUGGCCGGAAUGCUGCGCGAAGUAUUUCAACGACGGCGCGUCCCCGGAAUCGGUGGCGACGGCUUUGGCUGCUGCCAUGGGCUGUGGACCCGCGGACAUUAA